AAGAAAAAGAAAAAGCAAAUAAAACCACCAAAAACAAUUAAGCAUACGUUACCCAAAUUCAGUCAAAAGUUUGAGCGUUUCAAGCGAUGAUGAAUUUCAUGAUCAAGUACCAAAAAUGUAGUGAUUUCAUAUUUCUUUAGUGGAAUACUUGGUCACAUUCCAUUUUAUCCUCAACUACCCCACCAAAAAAAUUAAUUACUCCUAAUCAAAAUAUUUUGUACCUUAAGUUUUUUUUUUUUCAUACAUUGAUUUUCCUCAUAGAAAAAAAUGAUGUACACGAAAUCCGAAUCUGAUAGUAUUGUUAGCCUAUCAUCACUAUCAUCACCUAAGCCGCCUCGGCCGGUUUACUAUGUUCAAAGUCCUUCACGUGACUCACAAGAGGAGGAUAAGUCUUCGACAACGGCCUCGGCCACCGCGACGUUGGAAACUGUUACGCCGACGGGGUUUCAAAGCCCAUUGGAGGGAUUGACGUUGAUUUCGUUUUUUAGUCGACAAUCGAGGUCGCCGGCUACUAGUCGGGUGAGUGGUCUACAUGGGUAUCGUCGAAAGAGGAUGGAGAGGGAUAGGGUACAAUUGCUCGGAGGGCGUCACCUUGCCGCCAAGGAGGCCGAGACAAGGAGGGAUGUGUAUGUGAAUUGGUGGAGGGAUGAGGAGGAGGAAGAGUUGUCAUGGGGUUGUAAGGUUUUUAUGUGGAUGAUGUGUUUAGGGUUGGUUUUUAUGGUGGUGUGUUCUAUUGUGUGGGGUGCUAGUAGGCCUUAUAAUGCUCAAGUUUUUCUCAAGGAUGUGACUGUACAUAAUUUCUAUUUUGGAGAAGGAUCAGAUCUUACAGGAGUACCAAGCAAGAUAUUGACAGUAAAUUGUUCGUUGAGAAUGAGAGUGCACAAUCCUGCUACUUUCUUUGGCAUUCAUGUUAGCUGCUCAACUAUCAACCUCCGUUAUUUUGACCUUACUAUUGCUUCUGGUCAGUUGGAUCCAUACUACCAACCCAGAAAAAGCUGGCGGACCGUGCAUGUAAACAUCGAAGGCCAGAAGGUUCCGCUGCACGGGGCUGGCGCAGGCUUUACCGCCGAAGGUGUUCCGUUGAUAUUGGACUUUGAGAUCAGGUCAAAAGGACAAGUUGUAGGCAAAUUAGUGAAGACGAAGCAUCGUCGACAUGUAAGAUGUUCUUUGAACAUCACAGCUCAAACUACCCGUAUUGUAAGAUUUACAGAACAGUCUUGUAUAUAGUUAUAGAAUUCAGAGAAGUGGACGUUUAAUCAUAUAGUUAUAGUCAAAAGAAUUUGAAUGUAUAUGAUGUUAU